AUGCGCCACACCACUGUGACGUGCUGGGUGUUAACCCUGGCUGCGGUGCUGUGGCCGCGUGCGAGCGCGGUGGCCGCGGAACUGGAUGGGACAGUUUCGACGAAGCCAGAGAGGAUGCGCCAAGAUUUUCACAACCUCUUCGUGGUGCUUCUCCUCGUGUUGCUUUGCGCCUGGAUCGUCCGAGUUGCUCUGCAGCUUUUCCGGGCCGGCGAGGUCAGCUGGCGCCUCACGCGCAGCAGGUCCUUGCAGUUGGAGGCCAUGAGCAUCUAUGCGCAGGACUUCAUGAUCUUGAUCCGCCAGCAUUUCAAUCAGAUCCUCCGCAUCCGCCGCACAGUGCCGCCCAAGCUGGUGAGCCGUUGCGAGGUCUUUGCGCAUGUGCAUCCAGAAUCCAUUCGAUGUUUAUGGGUCGGAGAAGAGGAGUCUGGUGGUGGGCCUAUGGGCUUUGGUGUGGAGUUCGAUAUUGAUGCCUCAGUGCCCUGUUGCGUCCAGCUCUACUGGGGUUUGAGCGCCACCGCAUGCAACGAUUUGGCGCACCGUGGUCAACUCGACUUCCUCACCGCACCACGUGGGAGUCGCCCAGCGACCAAUGGAGGCGGCUUCUCGAACUCCCUGCGGCAGCUCCGGGGGCGGUGGACAGGAGGAAGGUCCUAUGCGAAUCCGGAGACCACACGUUCACUCCUCGAAAUGGAGGAGCUCAAUCUCACAGCCUGCCAAGCAGAGCCGUGUGCUGAGCCGCAGUCGGAGGAUCGAAUCUUUAGCACUCGUGACUUCGUGGCGCAGUCCAGGGACUUCUUCCUGCCUGCUGGCUGUGGGCAGCGCUAUGUGACCCCUGCAGGGGACUUGAUCCACCCAGACCGAAUGGCAGAGUUCGACUUCUUGGCCUCAUGGCUGCGAGCUGGCCAGGCCGAGCCGGGCGCGACCAUCCCAUUGGCCAUUGUGGUUUUGGCCAGUGGGCGAGUUUCAGGACCGGUGCAGGGCCGGGCCAUUCUGGAGACCAAGGGCGAGAUCUCCACGGUCCGCUUUCACAUGACAGGCCCGACACAAGGGCAAUCAAAUUUCCCGUUUCACACAGCAGAGAUCUUCCGGCAGCUCUGCCUGGGCGAGCAAAUGCUCUUGGAGGUCCAGGGGAUCUUCGGAUUUGAGGAGGCCGGCGACACAGAUUGCAUGAUUUGCUAUGCGCGCCCUAAGAAUGUGCUCCUCUUGCCCUGCCGUCAUUGCUCCGUUUGCCACUCCUGCCUUCGCUCCUUGCGCGAUGAGAAGUGCCCUUUGUGUGAACCAGCCUGGGUGGAGCCCUUCGUCUUGCAGGGCUUUUGGCCCUUUCUUCUCAGCUCUGGCGGAGUGAUCUGGUCAGUGGUAGCCGUCCUUCUUGGCCUAGUGGCUGCAGGUUUGAUUCUUUAUGUCUACCUCGCUGAUGCGGUCCCGAAGCCCUUCUGUGGCCUCAAGCUGCCCACCUUCCCCGGGGUCAAGGAGGAAUACUACUACUGGGGCGUUUUUGCCGCCGCAGCUUGCUUGAGUGGGGUGAUGCUGCUGAGCUGCGUCUUGUCUUUCUCCUCGGGCUUCGGUGGCAAUGCCUUCAACUGGGCAGCCUCUGAAGUUGGCCAGAUUCUGGAAGGUGUACAAACAAGCGUGACCGACGUCGAUGGCGUCAGUACCACGGCUGAGAAGGUCACAGCAGACCUGCAGAACCUCUACAAGGUUUGCCCACCCUCAAUUGAGCAGAUGCUUGGCAGUUCCGUGACUCGUGUGAAGGGUGACAUCUCGAAGGCCUCCGAAGAGGCCGAGCUGGCCGUGAAAGCGCUCAAGGAUUUCCCAGGGCUCUUGCAACAUGGCGUUGAUGAGUUACGCGGCUUGUCUACCUGGCUUCCCAUCAUUGCUGGCCUCAGCCUGGCUACUGUGCUGGUUUGCUGCGGGGCAGCAUGGCUCCAGCUGCUUUCCAGCCAAAACGCCACAGUGAACAAGCGCCUCACGCGAAAGCUCUCGCCCACGACGUUGGCUUUACUGCUGCCCUGCUGCGUGGCGGCCUCCACUCUGAUCCUUUGCGUGGCGGCAUGUGCCGAGUACGCCACAGCGAGCACUGUGACGGGCUUUUGCCGCGACGAUGGGCCAGAUGCAAAGGUCUUGCAAUUCGCUGAGCAGACAGCAGGGAAGACUUCUUCAGCCUACAGCCUCACAGAACACUACCUCACAGGUACUGUGGACAAUCCGGCCACAGACCACUUGGAGCUGGCGAAGCAAUCGGUUUUGGCCAGUGUUCACUGGAUCACCGAGUACAAGACAGUGCUUCAGCAGACAUGCCCCAAGUGGAAUUCUCAGAGUGUCUUCGACGACCUGAAGUUGCUGGAGCAGAAGUUGAACGCCACGGAAGCUGUUCUGGAGCCGGAGGCCUUGUAUGGUCACUACCAACAGGCCACCCAUGUGGCCGCUUGCACUGGUGGCUCCACUGGCCUAGCCACUUUGGCCACUGAGCAGAUCUUCCUGGGUGCCUUUUUCCUUCCGGUCUUCUGCUUGGCGACCACAUGGCUCUCCGACUUUGCAUCAAAAGGUGGGGCCUAUGAGAAGCUGGGCCAAGGAAAGGCUGAUGGACAGAGUAGCGACGAUGAGUCAAAACAUGAAGAGCUGAACUCCCUCUACUACGUUGUGUAUGCCAUUUCAGUCGUGAUUUUUGCUGUUGGACUGUGGAUGUAUCUGGUGCCCCAGCCGGGAAUGGUCCGCCCAACGAUUGGCACCUUGCUCUUCUGCACGGGCGUUUUCCUGAUGAUGAACUCUGACCUCAUUGUGACCUACUUCCGGCUACAUGAGCAGGUUGAGAAAUUCAAGGCAAACAAUGACGACUACCAAAAGAACUUGGACAAACAAGCGCAGGAGGUGAGGACCUUGCAAACUGCAGCAAAGGGCUUUGAAGAGAUCGAACGGAAGUUUGGCGGCAGCAUGGAGCGGGCGAUCAAGGAGGUCCGAACGAUGCAGACCACGGCGCGCUCGCAGAUGGCCAUGACGAUCAACAAGAUGGUGAAGCUCUACUUGGACACCGACGGUGACCGAAAGAUUUCAGAGAAGGAGUUGGAAGAGGCGACGCAAACCAUGGCCGACAUUUUUGGUGCCAUGAUCAAGGGCCUCAGGAAUGAGCGCUUGCCCAAGAUGCUGGAGGGCAUCCGAGGACACAAGUCCUUUCUCAAGGACAAGAGUUUGAGCCUGGAUGCCUUCUCGAAGGCCUUCGAGAUCACUCUCUUCGUGCCCGACCCGAAGCAGGUUGUGCAGGCUGUGCGGGGCACCAUCGACGACUGGGAAAAGAAGGCCGCCGACCGAGCGGCCCGGCGGAAUCGAUCUCCCUGA